AUGCCUCCUAAGCACGUCCUCUUCUUCCCCCACGAGCGAGCCACCCUCGCAGCCGUGCACGACCUGAACGUGCGCUCCAAGUCGCGUCGCAGGCUGCACGCCCUCCUUACCGAAGUGGCAACGGUGGUACAGCGUCAUACGUCUUCGCUGGAUGGACUUGAGCGGGCUAGCAUUGGCCCGUUCGAGGACCUCGUGGAGCUCGCUGAGCGACAUGUCACUCACGCCAAGGGCAGUAUAGUCGCUGACUUGGUACUCCUGGCCACAGUCCAGAUAGGCCAGAUUCUUGUUCUGGCCGAAGACCAGCCCGCCCUCUUGUCAGAGAAGAGGUAUCCCUUGGCAUUCGGCGCUGGAUUUCUGGCAGCAGGGGUUGCCGUUGCGGCCUCGACGGUAGAUGAUAUCGUCACCCUGGGUCUGGAGGCUGUGUCAGUUGCGUUUCGUCUAGGGCUGGCUCUCCAGCGCAGGGGUAAAGACAUAGAAGAGUCAGACGAACCGUGGGCUCGAAUUGUGUCCAACGCCAUCAGCGUUUCUGACUUGGAACAAAGACUUGAAAAGUUCAAUGCUUCCCUAAGUCCAAUGAACCGGGUCUAUAUUGGCCAGGUGUUGACGGAGAGCACUGUGGUCUUUGGGCCUCCGUCCACGUUGGAUGUGUUUGCAAAGACACCAGAGUUCGCUGCGACUUCAGCACCCACAGUACUGUCUCAGGCACCGAUGCAUGGAUCUCAUUUGCCUACCAUUGAUUCUACAAGUAUUUUUACAGAUUCAGUUGGAAGAGUGGAGCUUUGGAAGCUUGCCGUGGACCAAGUCGCCCACCAGCGCAUCGAUAUAGAGGAGACAGUUGCAGCGCUGGUCAAUGACCUCCAAUCUACCAAUACCACCGAUAUAACCCUCACCAAUCUUGGUUCCACCGAGACAUCCGGAAUCACAAGCCUCCUCGAGAAGAAUUCCCUCCUCGUCCAAACCAGCCAGCUCAAUCCACCCCCCAAACCCUACGGCUCCAACCUCAACACCAUCCCAGCAGACGCAAUCGCAGUCGUCGGCAUGUCCGGCCGCUUCCCAGACAGCGACACCCUCGACGAGUUCUGGAAGCUGCUCGAGACCGCUCAAACCACACACCAGGUGAUCCCGGAAACCCGGUUCAACGUCGACGACUUCUACGACCCAACCCGCGCAAAGCACAACGCCCUUCUCGCCCGCUAUGGCUGCUUCCUCAAGAACCCUGGCGACUUUGAUCAUCGGCUAUUCAACAUUUCUCCCCGCGAGGCAAUGCAGAUGGACCCCGUGCAGCGCAUGCUGCUUAUGACUACAUACGAAGCACUCGAGAUGGCGGGUUACUCCAGUCCUAACGGCGAGCAGCAGCAAACACCCCCUCGCAUCGCCACCUACUUCGGCCAGACCGUGGACGACUGGAAGAGCAUCAACGAGCAGCAAGGCAUCGACACGCACUUCCUACCCGGCGUGAACCGCGGGUUUGCGCCGGGGCGGCUAUCGCAUUUCUUCCAGUGGGCUGGUGGCUUUUACAGCAUCGACACCGGGUGUUCGUCUAGUGCUACGGCGCUUUGUCUGGCGCGGGACGCACUGGCAGCGGGGAAAUAUGAUGCUGCUGUUGUUGGCGGGGGGACGUUGUUGACGGCGCCGGAAUGGUUUGCUGGACUGAGUCAAGGUGGCUUUUUGUCGCCGACGGGGGCCUGUAAGACGUUCUCGGAUACGGCUGAUGGGUAUUGUCGUGGUGAGGGUGUUGGUGUGGUGGUUUUGAAACGGCUGGGUGAUGCUAUUCGCGACAAGGAUGAUGUCGUUGCUGUUAUUGCUGGUGCGUCGAGAAACUGUAAUGCCGGUGCGGGUUCGAUCACGUACCCAGGAGAAGAAGCGCAAGGGGCAUUAUACCGGCGAGUUAUGCGCCAGGCUGCGGUGCGUCCUGAGCAAGUUGAUGUUGUGGAAAUGCAUGGCACUGGCACGCAGGCUGGGGAUCGCGUUGAGAUGCACGCUGUCCAGAGCGUCUUCGCACCGUCCAAUGGACCGCAGCGGGAAAAGCCGCUGAUUGUCGGCGCCUUGAAGGCGAAUAUCGGACACAGCGAGGCCGCGGCGGGGAUUAUCUCUAUGAUGAAGGCCAUUCUCGUGCUUCAACAUGACAAGAUCCCAGCGCAGCCGAACCAGCCCAUCAAAUUGAAUCCGCACCUUGCACCGCUCAUCGGGAGUCAGAUCCAACUUGCAAACGGGCAGUCUUGGACCCGGGAUGGGCCUGAGCCGCGGUAUAUCUUUGUUAAUAACUUUGAUGCUGCCGGGGGGAAUGUCAGUAUGCUGUUGCAGGAUCCCCCGGCCUUUGCCCUAAUUGCGCCAUCCUCGCUGUCUGAUGCGCGAACACACCAUGUCAUUGUCACAUCGGGACGCACGGCGACAGCCCAUGAAGCUAAUCGAAAGCGUCUUGUUCAAUAUUUGAAUGAACACCCAGAUACAAGCCUAGCGGACCUUGCCUACACGACGACCGCGCGCCGCAUGCACAAUGUCCACCGCGAUGCGUACGUGGCGUCCUCUACAACUGAGCUGCUCCGCCAGCUGCAGAAGCCGUUGGGUGAUAAAUUAGACUCUACGCCUCCUGCCGUUGUCUUUGCGUUCACUGGUCAAGGCGCGCAGAGCUUGGGCAUGGGUGGUGCGCUGUACAACACCUCGUCCACAUUCCGGCGUCUUCUGGACUCCAUGCAGGACCUUUGCGAUGCACAGGGCCUGCCAACCAAGUUCAUAAAUGUUAUCCGCAGUUCACAAGAUGACUAUGUAACCGAGGUAGACAUGCAGGUCGCCACCGUCGCCCUCGAAAUCGCCCUAGCACGCUACUGGCAGUCCCUAGGAAUCCGACCAACAGUCCUAAUCGGCCACAGUCUAGGGGAGUACGCAGCGCUCUGCAUUGCCGGGGUUCUCUCAGCAAGCGAUACCCUAGCAUUAGCCUUCAAGCGCGCUUCGCUCAUCUUCAGCCGCUGUCCUCCAUCCGAAGCCGGAAUGCUAGCUGUCAGCCUGCCCAUGCGCACGGCGCAAUACCGCAUCCGGGACUCGGCCGCGACAUCAGGAUGCGAGAUCUGCUGUGUCAAUGGCCCAUCGAGUACUGUUGUCGGCGGGCCCGUCGCUGCUAUCGAGGCUCUGGAUGAGUAUCUCAAGUCCGACGACGGGGGGAAGGUCUCGACUACUCGGCUGCGCGUGCAGCAUGCUUUCCAUACCCGCCAGAUGGACGUCCUCCUCGACGAGCUCGAGGCUGCCGCUGCACAAGUCCCCUUCCAUGCGCCGACCAUGCCUGUGGCGAGUACAGUGCUAGGCCGGAUCGUGAAACCCGGAGAAACGGGCGUUUUCAAUGCUGAGUACCUGCGCCGGCAUACCAGGGAGCCUGUGGCUUUCUUAGAUGCUGUUCGUGUUUGCGAGGCGGAAGGACUUAUCUCAGACCGCGCAUUUGCUGUUGAGAUUGGUCCUCAUCCUAUUUGCAUUGGGCUUAUUGCGGCCUGUCUGGAGUCGACUCGUGUCAAUGCCUGGCCGAGUCUGCGUCGCGGGGGUGAGGACUGGCAGGCUGUUUCUGGUGUUGUGGCUGCUGCGCAUAGAGCUCAGUUGCCUGUUUCUUGGAGUGAGUUCCAUAAGGAUCAUUUAGAUUCUGUUCGUCUGAUCAGUGGCUUGCCGACGUAUGCUUUUGAUCUGAAGACGUUUUGGCAUUCGUACAAAUCUCCUGCUCCAACCAGCACUGUUCCGUCGGCAUCGUCCAUCCAAUCUUCAAGACUCGAGUCUACUACACUGCAUUCCGUAGAUGAGAUCAAGAAAACAGACAGCACGCUGUUUGGGAAAUUCACAGUCGACCUGUCAGACCCCAAGCUGGCCAAAGCCAUCGGCGGCCAUGUCGUCGACGAGUCCGCCAUCUGCCCAGCGAGCAUCUUCAUUGACAUGGCAUACACCGCUGCAACAUACCUUGAACAAGAGGAGCAAAGCACAUCUCCUUCAUUGACAACAUACGAGCUAACAAGUCUCGAGAUGCACAGCCCGCUUGUUCUACGAGAUGACAUGGAGGUCCUGCCACAAGUCUGGGUAGAAGCAGCGCUCAACACGAAGACGAACGUCGUUUCGGUUCAUUUCAAAGGGCUUAAAUCACCCAAAACAAUGCCGGUCGAGUAUGGAUCAGCUGUAAUGCGCCUAGCACAGAUCGAUUCAUCUACUCGCCGCGAAUGGUCUCGUAUCCAGCCACUUGUCAAGGCGCGCGUGCAGACACUCAACAACGCCAUCCGCCCGCGCGAAGUCCACGCUUUGGACACAGCCCUGUUCUAUAAAGUGUUCUCGGAGAUCGUGGACUAUUCACCCCCUUACCACGCUGUCCAAGAAGCUGUUAUCGCCGCCGACUUCCGCGACGCUGCUGUCACUCUGCAACUCACGCCUACUACCGACCACGGCAGCUUCGUCAGUAGUCCGUUCGCGGUUGAUGCGCUGGUCCAUGUGGCUGGAUUCCUGCUUAAUGCAGAUGUCCGCCGAGUGAAGAAUGAAGUCCACAUUGCGAAUCAUAUCGGCUCGUUGCGUAUCGUGGGCGACAUCUCCUCGGCCGGCCCGUACCACGUCUACGCCACCAUCCGCGAGCAGGACUCCAAGACUGGUACCAGUCUGUGUGAUGUGUAUGCCACUGACAGCCGUGAAAACCUUGUUGCUGUCUGCACAGAUAUCUGCUUUAAAAAGCUGGACCGGGACUUCUUCGCCUUGCUUACUGGUGCUACGCGCGGUCGCUCACCAAAGCCAGUGCGGGCAGCAGCCCCGGUUAGGGCUGUUCCUACACCAAGGCGUGGAAAGCAGGCAAUCCCCUCGCCCAGCCCAAGUCCCAGCAGCAGUAGCGGCUCGUCUGGUGCAAACACUCCGGUUUCCAGACCAGAUUCUCCUGGAAGCGUGUCAGACACGGUCGAUCUAAGCGAAGAGCUACUGGAAGCCGUGGCCGAGCGGACGGGCGUCAGCGUGGACGAAAUGAAAGGCGCGCCAGGAACAACCUUUACGGAGUUCGGCGUUGAUUCGCAGAUGGCUAUUGCGAUCUUGGCUAACUUCCAGCGUACAACUGCUGUGGAGCUGCCGGCGGCGUUCUUUACCAACUUCCCGACCCCGGCUGAUGUACAGCAGGAACUAGGGUCACUGGCGGACUUUGAAGAUGAGGUGGACAAGCCUAGCCCUAAGUCGAAGCCCUCGGACGGUGUCACUGUCGGUAAAAGUCAAGGUCAAGGUCAAGGUCCCGCAUUGAGUGGACGUCUCUUGUCUCUUGUUGCAGAUGCACUGGGUCUCGAGGACAGCGACCUCACGCCGUCGACUACUUUUGACUCGGUCGGUAUGGACUCGAUGCUCAGCAUCAAGAUCACUGCGGCCUUCCAGAGCGAGACCGGUGUUGAGCUGCCUGCUGCGUUUUUUACCCAGAAUCCCACGGUUGGAAGUGCACAGGAAGCCCUGGACGAUGACAUGGAGGACGCUCCCACUCCUGCUCCUGCUACUACUCCAGCAAAAGAAGCAAGCAAAACAGAUUCUCGCCAGCAAAAGCUCUCCUCCGCUGUCUCCCGGGCAGUCCUAAUCCAAGGAAAAUCCCGAUCCCAGUCUGCCCCCCUAUUCCUAACAACCGACGGCUCCGGCACCGUCGAGUCCUACAUCCACCUCAAAGCCCUCCCAGCCGGCCGACGCAUCUACGCCCUCGAAUCCCCCUUCCUCGAACACCCCGAAACAUUCGACCUCUCCAUCGAAGAAAUGGCAUCUAUAUUCCUGCGCACAAUCCGACGCAUCCAGCCAACAGGGCCCUACCUCAUCGGCGGCUGGUCCGCAGGCUCCAUGUACGCAUAUGAAGUCGCACACAGACUUACCAGGGAAGGAGAGUCCAUCGACGCCCUUAUCAUCCUGGAUAUGCGCGCGCCCUCGCUCAUCCCGACUUCCAUCGUCACGACGGACUUUGUCAAUAAACUGGGUACCUUCGAGGGGAUUAACCGCGCGCGAGACCUCCCUGAGGAUCUAUCGGUGAAGGAACGCGAGCAUCUCAUGGCAACAUGCCGCGCGCUGUCUGCCUAUGAUGCGCCUGCGUUUGCUGCAGGCCGUGAGCCGAAACAUGUCGCCGUGGUAUGGGCGCGUCUGGGGCUAGAUAACAGACAUGAUGCGCCUGUUGCGGCGAUGGAGCGGCCCGGGGUGGAUAUUGGGAAGACGCUGUAUGAGAUGAGUCUGGAUGAGUUUGAGCGGUAUUUUAACUCGUGGUUUUAUGGGCGCAGGGAGACGUUUGGGAUGAAUGGGUGGGAGACGCUUGUUGGGGAGGGCAUUUCGGUGCAUUCGGUGGAUGGAGAUCACUUCUCGAUGAUGUGCCCGCCGUUUGCGGAGGAGGUUGGUGCUGUUGUUGUUGAGACUGUGAGGCGGGCUGUUGAAUAG